AAACACGCGCUCCCAAGAAGGCCGUGACGCAGCCACAGUGGAUGCUGGGAUUGCAGCCCGUGGAGGUCAGAGAAGUUCCAAAAUGUCGGUUGCCUGCUUUACGUCCUUGAGCCGCUGUAGUGUUUUGGCGUUCCGCUCCCCCGCAGGGCUGGUGGCGGUGCGGUACGCCCAGACAGCAGCAGCUCCAGCAGCACAGCCCAGAAUAAAGAAGUUCCAGGUGUACAGAUGGGACCCAGACACUCCAGGAGACAAACCCCGCAUGCAGACCUACGAGAUCGACCUCAACACUUGUGGCCCAAUGGUUCUUGAUGCUCUGAUCAAGAUCAAAAAUGAGAUGGACUCCACUCUAACCUUCCGCCGCUCCUGUAGAGAAGGUAUUUGUGGAUCCUGUGCAAUGAACAUUAACGGAGGAAACACACUCGCUUGUCUCAACAAGAUUGACACCAACAUCAGCAAGCCAACUAAGAUUUACCCCCUGCCACAUAUGUAUGUGGUCAAGGAUCUGGUCCCUGACAUGAGUAACUUCUACGCCCAGUACAAGUCUAUUGAACCGUAUCUGAAGAAGAAGGAUGAGACAAUGGAAGGGAAGAAGCAGUAUCUGCAGUCUGUAGAGGACCGGCAGAAACUGGACGGGCUGUAUGAGUGUAUCCUGUGCGCCUGCUGCAGUACAAGCUGCCCAAGUUACUGGUGGAACGGAGACAAAUAUCUCGGACCUGCUGUGCUGAUGCAGGCGUAUCGUUGGAUGAUUGACUCCCGAGACGAGUUCACAGAGGAGCGUCUAUCCAAGCUGCAGGAUCCUUUCUCCCUCUACCGCUGCCACACUAUCAUGAACUGCACCAAGACCUGCCCCAAGGGGCUGAACCCAGGAAAAGCGAUCGCUGAGAUCAAGAAGAUGAUGGCCACAUACAAGGAGAAGAAGGCAGCUGCUGUCUGAAAUCACAGCCGUCCUUCUGUAGAACUUUUCCCUCCAUUAAUAAAUUAUAUAUUGAUUAAAAAUGCAUAAUGAGGUCUGAAGGGCCAGUACACCAGUCACUGCCACCACACCCUAAAAUCCAGAGUCAACCGAUGGAAAUGGGUGUGUGUGGUUGGAAGACUCGGUGUUAAACAAACGCACAUGUACAGUAUGAAUGCAGGAGAGCGUGUGUCUGAGUCUUACACGUACCAUAGCAGAGGUAUUUAUCUCCAGGUCCACUGUGUGUAUGUUUGUGCACUUGAGAGACACAAUGCUGCGUAUUAUUAUUAUUAACGUUUAAAAAAAACGAGGCGUUUUCAUGUGUGUAAACUUUGUUUUUACCUUGUUGCUUUUCAGGUUAGCAGCUUGUUCACAGACAUACAGUGUGUAUAUGUUCCCUCAGAUCUUCCAACACACCAACAGCAGUCUUUGUUUUGAUGGAAAAUAAAUAGUUGAAAUACA